AGGCACAUUGUUUGCCCUGAUUAUAAUCAACUUGUUAGUAAUAAUAAUCAAAAAAAGUGGGAUAAUAAAAAAUAUAUUACCGCUUCGCAGGAUAUAUCAUUUCCACAGUCAAUUGAACCCUUGAAUGCGCAAUAA